AUGGUGAUGCCAUCAAGAGUCUGUGUUUGCCCACCCGUCACGACCGAACGCCGUCGACAGCGUUUCAUCCUCAUUCAGGGAGUUUCUUGUGAAGGUGUGGGUGAGUGGAUUUUAACACCCAGUCGGGAAGGAUUCCGUUUUCCCAUCGUCGCGAGCGAGCGACCGAAAGGGUAG